UGGAAUAUCAAAAAUGCAAAGAUGCCUCUCCGUGGAAACCAGCUCAUGGCUGGCAUCACCGCCGCGUGUGGAAUGGGAUUUCUCCUCUUUGGAUAUGACCAAGGGGUAAUGGGAGGUGUUAUUGGCUCUCCCUCGUUUGUUGAACAAUUCAAUCAUCCUACUAAUGAGGCCCUGCAACAAGGCUUGAUCACCGGACUAUACGACCUCGGUUGUCUUAUUGGCUCUAUAGCCAGCUUCGUCUUCGCUGAGAGGAUAGGGCGGAGGAAAUCAAUUUAUAUUGGUGCUGGGAUUGUUACCAUCGGCACAAUCCUUCAAGUGACUGCAAAAACUACCAGCCAUUUGAUAGUCGGGCGGAUUGUAACAGGGUGUGGAGUGGGAAUCAACACUGCCAUUAUUCCUACAUGGCAAGCUGAGGUCUCCCCUACUCAUCAACGAGGCAUCUUGAUUACUGUCGAUGCUGCAUUAAUUAUCGCAGGCCUGGCGAUCGCCAACUGGGUGGCCUUUGGCGCAUCGUACGCCACAUCUUCAUUCCAAUGGCAGUUCCCUAUUGCCCUGCAGGUUGUAUUUUCACUCGAUUUACUACUCACUGUCCCCUUUCUGGUCGAGUCCCCUCGUUGGACGGCCCAUCACCGCUCUCUAGAAGAGGCGACGACGCUCAUCACCCGAUUGUAUGAUGUGUCCGAAACAGAUAGCAUUGUGAUUAAGACCCGCGAUGAGAUCGCAAAGGCCCUCGAGGAGGAGCGGGGGGGUGAGUGGUGGGAAAUCUUCCGGAAUGGAGAGCAACAGAACCUCCGGCGGAUGCUGCUAGGGUUUGGAGUCUUGUGUAUGCAGCAAUUGAGUGGGAUAAAUUCCAUUGGGUAUUAUUUACCAGUGAUCCUUACAGAAUAUGUUGGGCUUUCCCCCACCCUCUCACACAUCCUUUCCUCCAUCGCAGCUGUGCAGUUCUUCCUCUUCGCCCUCCUCCCCAUCUGGUUUAUUGAGCGUGUUGGUCGGCGCACGUGUAUGAUCUGGGGGGCUCUGGCGCAGAUGAUGGCUAUGAUAUUCGUGGCGGUGGGCUUCAAUCUCCCUCGAGGAGGUCCCAUCUUGAUUACCGUCAUGUUUUUUCUAUUCUAUGAUGCAUGUGCAUUGAGUUAUGUUCCUGUGCCAUGGAUGUAUGCUCCGGAAAUCAAUAACCUCAAGAUGCGCUCGAAAGGGGGGGCAAUUGCCUCUGCCUCAAAUUGGCUCUUCAACGGAAUUGUCGUCACGGUGACACCGUCCGGUCUAGCCAAUAUUGGAUGGCGAUACUAUUUGAUUUGGAUCGUUUUGAAUGCUUCAUUCGUUCCGAUUGUGUACUUUCUCUAUCCUGAAACGAAAGGGCUCUCGCUCGAAGAGAUCGACCAUAUCUUCGAAGGGAAAAGAGGUUGGACGCAGGGAGUAAGAGUAUAGUAUUGAUAGUGGAUGGAGAGAAGAC